AAAAGUCCAGCACUUCAGGCAAAGGUGGGUUUCUAGCGAGCUGAAAGCCAAUGCUGAAGCCCCAAACCGCUGUUUAAGUAGGCUAUAGGCAGCUCGCUAGGUUUAAACCAGCUCUAUUCAUUGCGUUCUGGGGAAGUUCCCUCUCAACGUUUAGGAAACGUAUAUAUUGAGAAGUAUUACUUGGGCGGGAGUGCACGGCAAAGGGCAAAGGGCUCGUUCAUGGAGGUCAAGAAACCUUGCUAUGAAUUUAAACACGAAUUCUAAAGGAAAACGAGAAUGCAUCAAUAGCGGAAACGUCUUGCACUGCGCUACACGGCAUGCACACCUAUUAUGUGCUUUUGUCGAGUCGUGCAAUGUUAUAAUAUGUCAAGCGGGGGAGGGAUUCCUAGUGCAUCCUCCGCGCACGAGACUCCAGUGAGAAACCAGUGAGACAGACCUGCAAUUGGAUCCUACACAAGUCAAUCCCACAUGUGGGUGGGCGGUGGAUUCAGAGCUGCACACCCAGUAAAGUAAAGUUUGUACAACAAAAGCUUGCGGGAAAGUUGCACAUGCGAGCGAACGCGAAUUAUACUCACACCUCAAUCUACACGCGCUAAAAGUGAAAACGACUUAAAGUAACCUGCUUUUCAGACCCCGUUCAGCUCAGUUUCAUUCAAGCCACAAUGAUGUCAUAUUUGUGGAUUUUCGUCCUUGGGAGUUUAAUCGUGACUGGAGUGAAGAUGCAAGACGAUGGAGUGGAAGGCACAGAGAAUGUAGAUUCUCCAGCAGAUGACCUUGCGCCAGAGGAAUCAACCGUUCCUGAUGAAGAUGCUGAAAAACCAGCACCUGAAGAACCAGCACCUGAAGAACCAGCACCUGAGGAACCAGCACCUGAGGAACCAGCACCUGAGGAACCAGCACCUGAGGAACCAGCACCUGAGGAACCAGCACCUGAGGAACCAGCACCUGAGGAACCAGCAGAGCCUGAAGCUGAAGACACAAACCCUGACGCAGACCCCGCGAUAGAAGAUGCUGAAGAAGUAACACCAGCAGCUGAAGAGGAACCUGCUGGAGAAGAAGAAGGAGCAGAAGCUGAAGCAGAUGAAGCCGAUGCAACUAAAACAGAAGCCGAUGCACCUGCCGGAGAUCCUGAAGUUACUGAAGAAGAAAUCACGCCUGAAGAAGCUCCAGGUGACGCAGAAGAAGAACCAGCACAAGAGGAAACAGAAGGAGGUGAAGAAAAUGCAGAUGCAGAUGCAGGUGAAACAGAUUUGACCGUUGUACAGGAGGAACCUGUGGACCCUGACGAUGCAGAGGAUGUUCAUUCUGUAGGAUUUGAUCUUGCCGAUGCUUUCAAUGAAGAUCUAGCAGAUAAAGCACAACCAGAGGAUCCAGUAGGGACUGCAAUGGGUGGUGCAGACCGGCACAGCGCAGGUCAAGGCAAAGCUCGCAGCGCUGGAGCCGUUUCUGAGUCGAACGACAGCGGAUCCGGUACGGUUGUUGGUGUUGUUUGUGGGAUCACAGUAGCAGCUGUUGCAGCCAUAACCGGAUACUUCACCUAUCAGAAGAAGAAACUGUGCUUCAAGGUCCAGAGAGGUGACCCGGAGAGCGCCAAAGAAGAGAACGGCACACAGAGUGACCCACAGGUUUUAAGCACUCUCCUGAACUCAUCCUAACUCCAGCAGUCCAGCGAAGCUACUGUGAACUGCUUUACAUCAGAACUACUCGCACCUGAGUCAACUUCACAAACACAUUCGCAGUACAGAACGUCAGCACAAAUAUCAUUUCGACUUCCUGACGCAGAUUAAGGGCUUGUUCAUAAUAUCUCAUCUUCCUACUGCUUCGACUACAGUUCUGAACUAGCACUAGGACUGUUAAUAAUUGUUUUGAAUGUAUUUUCACAUAGUUUGAGUGGGCCUGGAUGUGUGUGUGCGUGCAUGCAUGUGUAAUUCGACAGCCUUUUGGGAGAGGCAUUUCAUUUCGUUAUUUUAAAAAGUGUCGUUUAGUUUCAUUACGGUGUCAUUAAUCGCACAGUUUUGUUUGAUUCGUAAAAAAAAGCAAAUCUCACACCGUGGAAUAAUUCACUUUGAAAGUGUGAACAACUAGAAUUCAUAGGAUGUUUCUUUCGAUUUUGUUUUUGUUUUUUAAAUCCUGUAAAUAAUUGUUGAGUUUGAAUAAAAGGGUGAUUACA